AUGAUUAUAUUGUUAUAUCCGUUUUAACGUCCUUAACAUUGACAUCUUUCACAAUUGGUCUUCAUAAUGUGCCUGAAAUAAGAUCCACCAGAAGAAUUUUGAGAUACAACAUGGAUAAUCGUCUACCAUAUUCUUGGAUUAUUCUUUGUGUGUUAUUAUCAACAAAAGGGACCAUACGGAUAUCAAGUUAUAUUGUGGCCCCAAACAAAUUCAACAUUACAUGUCAAUGGACAGGUCUUGCGACAAACAUAAUCUUUUUUCGUCAAACACAAAUAUAUCCUUCUGCCAGUGGAGAGCUUAGUCGAUUUGAUCAUGUUUUAGAAGUACAAGAGCCUGAAAAUGAAUGCAUAGUACAAUCAUCCUUAACUGUAGCGUGCGUCUGUAUCAAAUAUACGGCGGUUAGUUGUAUUAUGAGUAAUACACUGGAAGAGCAUCUUAUUUUACAAUGGCAGUGUGCAGUAGUGAUAAACGGGAAAAUGACGGAAAGCAACAUAACAACUCUAAAAACAUAUGAACCUGCAAAAAUCACAGCAUUUCAAGUAGAUGCAUUUGAAGGAGUGUCCAAUGUAGCAUUAAAAGAAAACAGCACUGCGAUGCUGACCUGUAUUUCUGAAGGUUUUCCUACACCGGAAAUAAGUCUCAUUAAGGGCGAAACAUUAGCGUUUGGAGUAUCUAUUGUUCAGUCAGAGAUAAGCAUAAGAGGUCAACUUAACAAAACGUUUACCAACGUAAACCGCCAAAUGACGGGCAAAUAUGCCUGCGUUGCUUCCAACAAACAUGGGCAAAGUGCACAAAGCCUUUAUCUGAAUAUAUUAUACCCUCCAUCUGUCAUUCGCACUGACAAUUUGUACAUCAAGGAAGGAGAAAGUCUCAACAUAACAUGCACAUAUGAACCUGGUAAUCCACCCGAGACGGCAGUACAGUGGUUAAAAGCAGGCAUUAUAUAUUCUAACAAAACAUUACUGUAUCAGAGUGUGGCCAGAACAGAUGCUGGUAUCUACUCUUGCAUUGCGACAAACACAUAUGACAACGAACAUACCAACUUCACGGGAGUCGAUUCUAAGCAGUUUAUCCUGCACGUUUUAUAUCAACCAAUAGUUCAGAGAUUCAGUUUAGAACAAUUUGACGAUAAUUUAAACGUAACAGUAUCAGAAAACGACAGUGUCGUAUUUAACUGUAUCGCUGAAGGAUUUCCUUCGCCAGACAUGCGGCUAUUGAAAGAUAGCGUAAAACUUGCCGAAUUCAACGGAAAAAGUCAAGGAAACACUACAACUCGACUUCGGCAUGCAAUGCCUUCCGCGGGUAGGCAGGAUAUGGGGCAAUAUACAUGUGUGGCAUCGAAUACGAUUGGAUUAGGCGGAAAGGAGAUGUUUUUGAAUGUCUUGUUUCCAGCAAGCAGAAAAAUUCCUAUUAAAGACUUUUCAAACAAUGGAAACGAAGCAAAUAUUUAUCUCGGUGGAGAAGUGACAUUUUCGUUUUCAGCAUUGGCAAAUCCACUUCCGACAAGUGCUGAAUAUGUUUGGCACAAAUGCAGUGACACCAAUAUAUGUACUAUAAUCGCCAACAGUUCCCGUUCUUAUAUAGAGACGUAUAGAGAAAUUAGCAACCUAACGGUGGUCAAUAUAACGGAGUCAGAUUAUGGGAUGUACAUUUUGCAAGUGGGAAAUGGAAUAGGAAAGCCUCAUACGGAAGUUUACUUUUUGAAGCGUCUUUCGUCUCUUCCCAUAAAACCAAUUACCAGCGUGUCGCAUAUUGGACUUAUAUCAGCAGGAUUAAGUGUAGUCUUCAUUUUAAUAGUUAUAUUCGUUGUUGCCUGUGUGCACCGACAUUUAAGACGACGGGAAACAAUAGGACAAGACGUCGGAUAUCUGUUUGUUGUUCCAACAACCCCUUACUACAACGACACUACCGCGCAACCUCCUGUAGUGCCCUGGGAUCGGUUGGAUGUUCAAGGCGAGGCUAUUGCUCUGUCUUCUUCAUUGCCUGCUGAAAAUGUGGAUGUUCAGAGCGAGAUUUACAGUGAAAUUGAUCCACAGCAAGUCGAAGAUAUUAUAUCUAGAGAUGACGGAGCUACAAACGAGGCGCAGCUGAUGACAGAACAUAUUCGAUAUAAGGAUGUGGGUCCUCCUGAACAGGAUGAUGAGCCGCAGUACAUUUAUGGUCGCUGUGGCCACUGACUGAUAUAACAAUAAUAAAUUUUGAAAGACUUUGAAUGUUCAUAAGGUGCAUAUCAAUUUACAUAAUAUUAAACUAAUCACAGUGCGAUCGCGUGUGGCGUUAAACACAGCGUAUCACAAUACAACAUUUGUAGAACGCAGCAAUUGAAACAUAGACAGAAUACAGAGGAAGACAAGGAAGACAAAUCGAACGUGAUAGUACGGCAAAAUACGGACCUGAAAUGCAUUUCUUAUAGUCCGUUGCAUCACGACAUACAUUGUGGUUAGAUAUAUUUACCAGAGAUCGACAGUUUUAAUUAAAAACAGUAAUUAAACAUAAUAAUCAUAUUUACAACUCUUUAAUUGAAUAUUUGUCUUGAGAUUGUUAACUGUAUGUUGGUUUUUAAAGUAUAUUAGGCAUUGUUAGUAUUAGGAUGCACAUAAUAUAUUUAAUAAGUACACGUCUUUCCUAAGAUGUGCUAGAUAGGGAAAAGUGAUUAUAUAUAGUGCACGUUAAAUUUAGCGAUAUAACAUAAUACGUAUAGUUCAAUUCCUUGCAUCAUUCCUCACAACCGAUGCGUUUAAUUAAACUUACUAACUACAUGAACACACUUGCGGCCUUGCUCAUUGCAUAGUUUAGAACACACAUUUGAUAUCAACUGAAAAAUAAUUUAUCGAAUCGUUUAAGCAUCGAUCGUCUUUUUGUUGUAUCGUUUUUGAUCGGUCAAUAAACAACUAUUCGGAUUUGUUGCGUGGACAUUUAACAAAAAUGGUAAAAUAUUUUACAAAAAACCCUUAACAAACACAAUAAGUUUCAUAUUAUUGAUAUUGUUGUACACUUUUAGGCAGCACAUAGUGACAAUGGCAAAGUGGCACCUGUAAUCGUUCACUGUUAAUUGUUAAUACUCGUGUUACCACGACCAAGUAUAGAAGUAGACAUAAUGAAAACGAAUAAAGGCCAAACAGUACACGCUUCAUAACCCCCUUUACACGCGUAAACAAAUAAUGAACAUACUUCUUUGGAAUGCAUGAGUCAUGUGCAAAAAGGGUAAACCGUCUGACAUCUAACAUUUCGUGAUACAUAUAACACGUCCACGUGGUAAGAUUACUUUAUAUAAAUUUGUACUAAAAUCGUUUUACAAAGAUACAUUCAAAACAGUGUGCUAUAAAGCGGUUGUAAACAGAUCAAAUAAAGUUUAAUAUUCACAAUCGUUUUAGAUGUAUAAACAGAAGAAAUGCUAUUGUUUUAAUAUUUCGUAGAUGGUUUAUAAUAAGUGUUUGAUAUCGAAAUUACAUAUAUAUUAGA